CUGCCCACUGAAUAGUUUCUUUCUCAUCUUCUUAGUACAUCCCAUUUCCGCAUUAAAGAGACCAGCGAAAGAUGGAGGGGUCAACAAUGAUCAAAACCAUGAAUGGCAACUUUUCUAAUGAACCCAUUUCUCAUUUAAUGAACCACUCUCUCCCUGACAUUUCUUUUCCAGAAAGAUCAACUGUCAGAGAUGCAACAGAUGAUGAUCCCAAUCAAGGCGCUAAUGCAGAAAUAAGCAUUUUUGACGCCCGAAAAUACUUCAAUGAAACCAGCGUCAAUGAGGCGAAAGUGAGCAAGAGAGUAUCUCCAGUUAAUGUUAUUAGUCUGGAGCGUAUAUCUGAGCCGAGCGAUUUGCUUGCGGUGCCGAGAUUUUCUUCAGCUUCAUCCUUUGACGGGUUCCCGAGGAACUAUAGAGCUCGUUCUUUCAAUGCAACGCCAACUACUUCAUCAAAAGCUAGUUGGAAUAGCCAGACUGGGCUUUUGUCAAAUCCUCCUGGCGCAAUUGCAGUCUCCAUGCGAAAUCUUACUUCUGAUCAAGAUAAAAAAGGAGGGCCAGCUACAGCUUCUAAAUGGCUUUUUGGAAGAAUGUGCCCUUGCUCUGGCAAAAAAUCAGUCCAAGUUGAGGAAAAUCUAUCGGUACUAGCUUCAGAAUCCAAAACGCCACCACAUUUGUAUAAGAAAAAGCAAACCCACAAGUCAAUUGAAGUUUCUAUGGAUACAUCAAACUGGAGUGAAAGCCGUGAAGUUAUCUCCAAAAGUGCAACUUAUAGAAUCUCUGCUGAGAAUCGUUUUCCAAAUCUAGGCUUAGGCCAUCGUAUAUUUGCUUCAGGCAGAGCUUAUUCAGAUUCCACAACUGGCUUCACCUUUCCUAAAUUGAAACAAAAUACACCACCUUAUCCAGAUCCGCCGCUAGAGUCACUGGAAAUUUUCCAACCUUCCGAUGAAACUAGUGUUUCAAGAAAAUCAACCGAGCUUAAAAACCAAACUAAGUUGGUUUCCCGUCAGAGUUUCACGUUUCCGGCGAGUCCUAGCAGAGCUCGAAUCGCAGAGGACGACGUUGCAAGCGAUACAAGCUCAGACUUGUUCGAAAUAGAAAGCUUUUCUACUCAAAGUACGCUAUAUCCGAUGCACCAUCGUCGAGAUUCGCUGGAUGAGGCUUCAAGCUUUGACGCAAGAAGAUUAACAGCCACAAAUAUUAACGGGAGUUUGAUUUAUAAUUGUCGUAGGAGUUUAGAUGAGCCAAUGACACCAUCCAUACUAACAACAGAAUGUUAUGAGCCAAGUGAAGCAAGCAUUGACUGGAGUGUCACUACGGCUGAGGGAUUUGAUAAAGGAAGUGUUACUGAUUACUCAGUUGUAGCUUCAGAAAUAGAUGAUAUGGCAAUGGUGCAUCAAGAAAAUGGUGGGGGCGGCUGCGGUGGCAGCGGGAAGAAGAAAAUAGGAAAUGGGUUGUUGAACUGUCGAUGUGAGAAGGCGGUGAACGUGGGGCCGAAUCCAGUGAAAUAUGUGCCUGAGGUUCAAAGAAUGGGCCAGCAUAAUGCAUAUAUGCAUGUGAGUAGUAGGGCACAAAAUUUGAAUAAGCCAUCCCUUGCAAGGUCUCAAUCUUAUCGUUUGCCCCUUCCUUUUGCGACAUAGCUAGUGAUGGAUUGGUGGUUCAUCGAUUUACCUUCAUAUUUGACUCUGUCAAACAAUAUCCUUGUCUUCUUUUUGUUUUUUCGAUUUCUUUUUUCUUUCUUUUCCUUUUAUUUGUGCUGUUUUUUUAUAUUCAGAUUUGAAGAUUUGUGUGAUCUGUUUCCGUGUGUAAGAUAUGAUUUCAUUAUGAUUGAAGAGUAAAAUCAUGAUAAUCCUAAUCUCCGAUAA